AUGAAGUGGCUAACAGACAGCCUCAAAAGCUGUGUUGAAGCAUCUCAUGAGCCAAAAAACACAGGACAACGAGCAACUCUGAACACGACCCCAACAGCAGUCACAGAUGCGGAAUCAGAGACAACCUCAAGACCAAAAGAAGCAGAGCAGGCCGAUAACUGUCGGCUUGAAUGCCUUCCCCCGGAGGUCCGACGUUACAUCCUUUCGACACUGGAUCUUUCACACCUCAGCGCACUGGUUCACGCCUCCCCAACCUUCCACCAGCAAUACCUUGUCGACCGGAGGUAUCUCCUUUGCAAAAGCCUUGAGACGACCAUUGGUUGUUUGACCGUGGAGGCUUAUGCUAUUCAUCGUUUAUACGCUCCACAGAAUACCUCGGACUUCUUGGAGUGGUAUUCCGAGAAAUGCUCGCAGCGUGGAGUGGCAAUUACCGAUGACCUCACUGAAGGUGUAGCGUCGACCAUAGCUGGCUUUUAUUUACGUUCAGUUAAGCCCGUUGUGGAAGACUGCGCUCGCCGAAUGCUGGAUAAUCUGGCCAAGAGUGCAGGCAACAAUCAUGGCGACCAGCAAAAGAUUCGACCUUCUCGAACAGAGAUGAUGCGACUAACGCGAGCUGCAUACCGCUUCCAAUUACUCUGUCAACUCACCAGUCCCGAGAGGACUUUAAGCUCGUCUGCGGAAGAAAACCUGCUGGCCCUCCUCAACAUCAUCGAGCCAUGGGAGAUUGAGGAGCUUUUCGCUUUCUACCAGCUUGUCCUCGACGUUUACGACAAAGUCUUCACCAACAUUUACUGGGACCUGCACCCUGACAACCCAAAGUUCGACGACCAAGGUCGGCCUCCGACACCGGACGGCGCUUUCGACCUGGACAGUGGCUUUGUGCGUGAUAAUUUGCUAGAAGGGACAGCCAUACGCGGCCUCACAUUUUUGCACACGGUUCUCUUUCAAAUCAAAGAGCAUGAGCAUCUCGUAUCGACUAUGCAAAAGCGAAUCCGAAGCUCAUAUAUCCCGAUUAAUGGCAUGGUUGGAAUAUUUGGCGAAACGCAGCAGAUCAUACGGCGGCAGGAACAACCAUCUGAGAGGGAUCAAAUGGAAGCUGAUAGAGUCCCGUUGGUGUUUGUUCGAGACGAGCUGGAUAGGCCACCGCGAGCUUGGACGAUGAUUUGGGGAGAUACAUAUAGUAAUGUCUACGGCUUGCAUAUCCCAGAUGAAAUGCGAGGCUGGGGUUAUGUGUUCUGGGAUGAGGCGACGCUGGAAAGGACUGGAGGUGCUGAGUUGCUUAUACGCCAGUGGGAGGAGUCUUGGGGGGAUUAUGAUCCUCGAGAGGAUUUUGUGAGAUUCGAGGGUAUAGUCUAG